GGGCGUAUAAAACAGGGGCAAAGGCACCAGCUGAUAGCAGAGCAAUCACCACCAACUCAGAAAGAACUGCAGGGACUCAGCUGAAGCCUCCCUGAGACUCCAAGGCAGUGAGGAUGGAGGAAGGAAUGAAUGUUCUCCACGACUUUGGGAUUCAGUCAACGCACUACCUCCAGAAAAAUUACCAGAACUCUCAGGAUUGGUUCAUCUUGGUGUCCGUGAUCGCAGACCUCAGGAAUGCCUACUAUGUCCUCUUCCCCAUCUGGUUCCAUCUUCGAGAAGCUGUGGCCAUCAAACUUCUCUGGGUUGCUGUGAUUGGGGACUGGCUCAACCUUGUGUUUAAGUGGAUUCUUUUUGGACAACGCCCAUACUGGUGGGUCCUGGAUACUGACUACUACAGCCACACCACCCCGCCACCCAUAAAGCAGUUCCCAGUCACAUGUGAGACUGGACCAGGGAGUCCCUCUGGCCAUGCCAUGGGUGCAGCAGGUGUAUAUUAUGUGAUGGUCACAUCCACCCUCUCUAUCUUUCGGGGAAAGAAAAAGCCAACCUACACAUUUCGGUGCUUGAACAUCAUCUUGUGGUUGGCAUUCUGGGCCAUGCAGCUCAAUGUCUGUCUGUCCCGAAUCUACCUGGCUGCUCAUUUUCCUCAUCAGGUUGUUGCCGGAGUCUUGUCAGGUAUUGCUGUUGCUGAAACCUUCCGCCAGAUCCAGAGCAUCUACAAUGCCAGCCUCAAGAAAUAUUUUUUUAUUACCUUUUUCCUGUUCAGCUUUGCUAUUGGAUUUUAUCUACUGCUGAAAGGGCUGGGUGUGGACCUCCUAUGGACUCUGGAGAAAGCGAAGAGGUGGUGUGAGAAGCCCGAAUGGGUCCACAUUGACACCACACCCUUUGCCAGCCUCCUCAAGAACCUGGGGACCUUGUUUGGACUGGGCCUAGCUCUCAACUCCAGCAUGUACAAGGAGAGCUGCAAGGGCAAGCUUGGCAAGUGGUUCCCAUUCCGCCUCAGCUGCAUCGUGGCCUCCCUCAUCUUUCUGCAUCUUUUUGACUCUUUGAAACCCCCAUCCCAUGAUGAGCUGGUCUUCUAUGUCCUGUCCUUCUGCAAAAGUGCGGCAGUGCCCCUAACGUCUGUUAGUGUCAUACCCUACUGUCUAGCACGGCUCCUGGGUCAAUCAGACAAGAAGUCUUUGUAAGGGGGCAGAAAGUCUUCAGUAUUUCAUAUCAGUGACUGAGUCAACAUCUGAGAGUGGCUAGAGUUGUCAGGCAUCUACUUUGAAGCCAGAGGUACUAGAGUCACCUCAGCUGACCCCCUUCCACCUUAGCAAUUCUCGUCGUUUUAGGUGGUUUUCUGAAUGCUAAGGAGGCUAUUUAAGAAGAUCUUGUUGCCUGGAAACUAAGUUGAUUGAUAUUUUUCCCUUGAAGACUUACUGGUUUUCCUCUAAGAUAUACAAAAGACGUCCAGGUUGCACCAGCUCAUGAUUCCAGGCUGCGGAUCUCAGUAGAGAAGUUUCUACCCAUGCUCAUCCUUACCCUGAAAGGAGAAAGGAGGCAUCCGGGAGGUGUGUCAGUGGUAGAGUAUAUGUAUUCCAUGGUUGGUUUGAUCCCCAGCACCACAAGAGAGCACCAAACACAAGAUAAAUGAAUCUCCAUGAA